GCAAGGCCUGUCGGUAUAGAAAUACAAGAUGGCGGGCUACCCAGGCGGUUAUGGCGGAUAUCCUGGUCAAACACCGGGCUACGGCGCACCGUCCGGGCCUGGGCAGUACGGCGGACAGUACCCCCAACAACAAGGGUACCCCCCUCAGCAGCCAAGUUACCCCCCUGGUGGCUAUGGGGGACCCCCUAGUGCACCCUACGGAGCCCCCCCUGGGGCAGACCCAACACUGUGGAAUUGGUUCAUAGCUGUAGAUAGGGACAGAUCUGGAGCCAUCUCCAGUGAUGAGCUAGAACAAGCUCUUAUGAACAAUAACUGGUCACGCUUCAAUCAAGAGACGUGUAGACUAAUGAUAGGUUUGUUUGACCAUGACCAGUCUGGGACUAUCAACUUCCAGGAAUUCCAGCAACUGUGGUCAUAUAUCCAACAGUGGAAGGGUUCAUUUGACAGAUACGACACAGAUAGAUCUGGCAACAUCAGUGGACAAGAACUACACACAGCAUUUGCAGAGAUGGGCUUCAGAGUCAGCCCGCAGUUUAUUAGCCUGGUGCUAAUUAAAUUUGACAGGGCAGCUCGCAGCAGCUUGAAAUUUGAUGACUUCAUCCAGUGCUGUGUCAUGAUCAGAAUGCUGACAGACGCAUUCAGGGCCAGGGAUACUAACAUGAAUGGGGUGAUUCAAAUCAAUUAUGAGGACUUUAUGCAAAUGGUGCUGCUCAACAAACCCUAAAUCUCCAUCGACACAUAGAUAGGCACAACAGAGCAAAAAAAUGGCAAGUUUUCCCAAAAUAAGGUCUGGUUUACUUCGGUAAGCUUGAAUUUUUGCAUAGAGGUUCCUAAUGUCAUGUUUCUUUUUUUUUCUUAUUACAGUGAAAUUUGUUGUAUCGAGACCCGCGUUUCAAAAAGUUAGAACCAUAUGAGCCAAUUUGCUUAGCACCGCCUCCAAAAUUUGAGUGGCGAAACAGAAAAAACAAAGACAGUUUGAACUACAAAGGAACUUACAAUAAACACACUGCUUUAUUUGUCACAUUUUUCGUGUAAAAUAAUUGGGGAUUGUUACAUAAUGACUGGAAGUGAAAUGGUACGAUUGCCGCUUAAGAUUAUUUUACACCUGAGGGACGAUGACAUAAGCAUAAGGUGGCAGGAACUACAUAGACUUUCGUUGAAAUGGUUUCUUGUGUUAAAGGGAAACACAAAUUCCAGCCAUAAGCACUUAAUACAAGCUUUGAACAAGUAUUGAUGCGCUAUGAUAUGAUACAAAUUACUUUAUUGGUACUAUAUUUAGUCAGCCUUUUAUUUUCCAAAAAAGGGUUCGCAUAUUUUGCAAGAGUUUUAUUUUGAUUUUUGGGUGGCUAAAACCCCGAGGAGGGGGGGACUCCCAUAUUACAAUGAUGGGGAUGCUCGUAGGGAAUUUCCUUUUUCCCCCUAAAAGGUACCAAAAAGGGUGUGGCUUCGAGCCAAUUUUUACCCCUGAAAGGUACCAGCAAAAUAUAGACUUUUAAACUACUUUUAUUGCUGCAGAUGACAAGUCAUCAAGCACCUCCACCAGUUUUGUUUACAAAUGUACAUCAAAUACUAGUUGCACUAAGCACUAAGUGUUUUACUAGUUUUAUGUGUACCAUGUCACAAAAAAAAUGCCAGCACUUAAACUCGAACCCCCUAAAAGGUACCAAACCCGUGAUUUUUACCCCUAAAAGGUACUACGAGCAUUCCCGUCAUCUCGAUAUAGGGAGUCCCCCCUGGGCUAAAACAUCUUACACAGGAAACAAAUUUCACAAAAAUCUCAAUAUUCACAAUUUUUUUUCCUCAAAAAUGUUAUUUAAUUUGGCCAGAGAGUCCAUACUAAUACUUGCAAUGAAACAAGCCCAAUGUCUGAAUUAUCACUUGAUUCACAAGACAAUAAACAUUCAACACAUUUACGUUUACAGUUUUACUAUUUGCGCUGUAAUAAUAACCAAUGUAAUAUGUUACACGCACCUAAUUUAAUAAGUGUUGUUAGGAAUUGUAUACUUGAAAAUAAUAAAGCAAUAAACAGAAA